AUGACUCGCACCCCACGACGAAAACAGAACACAAUCGGCAGCUCCAAUGAUCGUGUCGAUUCAAUGGGCACCAAUGUUUAUUCAGCCAAAGAUGAUAAAAGCAUGCAUAAAUCUUUAAAUGGAGAAUUUUUCCUUUAUCAAUCAUUACUCAAUCAAAUCUUGGAUGAAAAUCAGUCAUCACUAAGCGAGGAAUCAGCACUAGUCGAAUACUUCGAACCAGACGAUGUCGAUGACAACAAAAUUAUGAAUGAAUUCGACAAGAGUUACAAACCCGAAAAAGCUAUUCAUUGGUAUACGAGAGAAAGUUGUAUUUACAAAAUUUUGAACAAAGCUUUACGAACACAAAACAUUGAUGAUGUCAAUCCAUUCGACUCAUUUAUACGCGAUUUGAAUGUGCAAUUAGCUGAACAACGGAAAAUAUUUGUUAAACAACAAUCGAAACCAUUUAUUAAAGUCUAUCGUGGACAGUUUAUCAGUAAGGAUGAAGUUAACCGUCUAAAGUCCGGUAUUGGACAAUUGAUCGCGAUGAAUUCGUUUCUGUCUACGAGUACAAACAGAAAGAAAGCUUUGGAAUUUGCUACGAGUCGUCCGCCGCCAAAUGACACGCUAACAUCGAUUCUGUUAGAAAUACACGUAAAUUUAAAUGCGAAAUCAAAACCAUUUGCAGACAUUCGAACCUUAAGUGCAUUUCCUGAAGAAGAGGAAAUACUCUUCAUGCUCGGCUGCGUUUUUCGCAUUGAUAAUAUCGUUUACGACGAACAAAACAAACUUUGGAUGGCGAAUUUAACUCUAUGUUCAGAAGAAGAUCCAGAUAUGAAAAAGUUUUCGUCCUCAUUGAGCGAUCAAAGCAAAGGACAGAAUCAGUCGAUUGCAAUUGGAUACAAUUUCAUAGACAUGCUUCGCUACGACGAUGCUCGGAAACACUUCGAGAAAAUCUUAAAACAAAACGCAGCCAUAACCGAUCUCGAGCGUGCGUUUUGCUACCAUGGACUUGCAAAAGUGAAUGAAAAACAAGGAAACUUGAAACUAUCGAUAGAAAAUCUCAAUCAAGCGCUGAAUUGUUUAUCGAAUGACGAUCCACUGAUUGCAAUAUGUUACAAUGAUUUGGGAUUAGCACAUUGUGGUCGAGGUGAUUAUAAGAUUGCAUUCGAAUAUUUUGAUAAAGCUUUGCAAACGAAAAAUAACGUUCCGUCCACUACUUAUGCCGGCUUGUCGGAAGUUCAUUUUCAAAUGAAGAAUUAUUGUGUUGCAUUCGAAUUCUUGGAGAAAUCUCUUCAGAAUCUGCUCCAAACAGAUCUCGUCUCGAUUGUCAAAACAUACAUUAAUAUGGGAAAGCUCCAUGUUUUGAUGAACAGAAAGGAAGAAGCAACAAAAAUGUUCGAUAAAGCUUUAGAAACACAAAGUAAAGAACUCUCUCCGGAUCACCCAGAUCUCAGUUACACGUACGCAGAAAUCGGCCUGAUGUUCUCUCAAAUCGGCGACCAACAAAAAGCCUUAGAAUAUUUAAAAAAAGCCUACAAAUUACAAUCACAAACGCUACCAUCCAACCAUCCCGAUUUCGCACUAUCUUUUCGGCAGUUCGGUGAUGUCUACAUGAAAUUGAAUCAGCCAGACACGGCACUUUCUUAUUACAAUAAACUAUUAGACAAUCAACUGAAAACUUUAGCGACAAAUCAUCCGUCCGUGAUUGAAACUUACUACCUCAUUGGACGUGUUUACUGGGAAAAGAAACGAGAUUUUAGCCAAGCGUCAACUUAUUUCAAUAAAGCACUAGAGAGUGAGUUGAAACGAAGCAAGAAAGGCGAAGCACCGUUGAGUGUGGCGUAUAGAACACUUGGCGAACUUCAUUUCGAUAAAUACCAAGUUCAACCUGAUGAAAAUGAUUUGAAUAGUGCUUUGAAUUUCUUUUUGAAAUGUCUGGAAAACGAACUGGAAACGAACUUGCCUGAAGAUGAAUCGUUAACCUUUCUCUACAAAGCCCUCAGUACAAUCUGUUGGAAGAAACACGACUUAAGCCAAGCAUUGGUUUAUUACAACCGUCUCGUUGCUUGCUAUCUCCAAGUCAAACCAACGGAUCAGUCGUUGAUCGACAAAACUUACGCGUCAAUCGGAGAAAUUUAUCUGAAAAAGUCGCAACUUGAUAAAACGAUUCUUUACUAUCAUAAAAUGGACAAGAACAAGAUGAAGAACGAUUCUCGAUUCAUCGAUAAUCUCCAUUUUGAAAAACGUCACUUAGAACUAUCUUUAAACUACUUUGAGAACCUUCUCAACAAGCAGCUUGAGACCUAUCCCAAAGGAAAAUCUCUAUUAUCGAAUACUUAUUACAUUUUAGCAAUGAUCUCAUACGAGAGAGAGGAUUUCGAUCGAUCAGUGGAAUACUUUCUUCGUCUAUUAGCGAAUCAAUUGGAAAGAAGACCAGUCGACGAUCCAUCGCUGGAAAAUAUAUUGAGAGCGAUCGGGACAAUCUAUUUCCAGCAAGGUAAUUACGAAAAAGCAUUGAUCUACUUCCGGAGACUACUCGAUUGUCAAUUGAAAACGAAGAGAAAUAGUCAUUCUUCCGUCGCGAGUACUUAUACGAUGAUUGGAAAUAUUUAUGUGAAACGAGAUUACUUCGACAGCAAUUCACACAAGAAUGUGGACAAAAAGCUGUCGAGAGACAUCCCAGAUACGAAAAUUCAAUCACUCGAAAACGAUGCACAGUUUAACAAACGACAUUUAGCUCAAAGUUUGAUUUAUUUUCAGGAUUUACUUCAGAAAAAGAAUGGCAAUAGAUCAGCGCUUGACAUUUACCAUAUUUUAGCCUACAUCUCUCUGGAAAAGCGUGAUUACUUUCAAUCGUUGGCCUUUUUCGAAAACCUACUCGGCAAACAGAUCGAAGUUUAUAAAUCAGAAUACCAGCCGAUAGCUCACACAUACUCAAUCAUUGGAGACAUUUACGAUCAGAUCGGUUUGAUCAAUCAACCAAAACGAACCCCCAAGAAAUGA